UGCUUUUUUCCUCCUCUUUGUCUCCUAAAAAACCUCAAAAUCAAAUAUCAAAACACCAUCACCAUAUACGUGAACACGAAGAUGAGGCUAUUAACCCACAAUAUUCUCAGAUCACAGAUCAAGGGAGUAACAAACAACUACCCUCUCAAAAUCAUUGUAAGAAAGGUUAGCGUAGAGGAAGAGACAUUCGAUCCUGAUUAUCUCAAGAGAGCGUUCUUCACUAUCAAUUGGGAUGCCCUAGUCUACGCGUCAAACACCUUGGGAUACACCGAGCUCCCUGGCAAAGUCCCCGAUGCGUCGGUGCUCGAUUCCGACGAGUUUUUGAAGAAAUUCCACCAUGCACUCCUUGAACUUCAACUCGAGGAAGGCGCUCUGAUUUGCCCAGAGACUUAUCGCCAAUUCCCUGUUAAGAACGGGUCACCUAAUAUGAUUCUUCGUGAAGAUGAGAUGCGCCUCCCAAGAAAGGCGGAGGCCAAGAAUAGAAAGGCGGAGGCCAAGAAUAGAAAGGCGGAAGCCAAGAAGGAAAUGAAACAAGCCAUGAAGUUAAUAAAGGAGAGACAAGGUCAAAAAGGUCGAGAAAACCAGCAGGAAGAACCACCAGAAAAAAUUCAGAUUGAUUGGAUCGCCAAACACAAGCCGAAAAUAGAGUUCAUACCUAUGAGCAACGAUAUUUGGGAUUAUUACAAUCCGUGA